AGCCUGUAACUGUCAUUGAUGUGGUUCUUCACCAGUUACAAUCGUUCCUGCUGAUUUCCCAUCAAGAAACAAACUGGCAGGAGAAAAGAGACUGGAAAACUUGAGAUUUAAAAAAAUGGAAGAGCCUGAAUCCACUCACGUUGAAGUCUUCCUCCAAAUCAAAUCAUGUUGAAGCAGGGUUCUUCCAAAUCAGCCUGGGAGCAGCGGGGCCAUCCGGGAGAUAACAAUGCAAAAUGAUCUGAGCAGAGACACAGUAUGUUCAGAUGUGCUUUGCCUGCGCUUCAGGAGGUUUUCCUACCAGGAUGGCAAAGGGCCCCGGGAUGUUUGCAGCCGACUCCACAUGCUUUGUCAUCAGUGGCUCAAACCUGAAAGGCAUACAAAGACUCAGAUCGUGGACCUGGUCAUCCUGGAGCAAUUCUUGGCUCUCCUGCCCCCAGAGAUGGAGAGCUGGGUCCGAGAGUGUGGGGCAGAGUCCACUUCCCAGGCAGUGGCCCUGGCUGAGGGUUUCCUCCUGAGCCAGGCAGAGGAGGAGAAGAAUCAGGAAGCAGAGCAGAUGAAAAGAAUGUCAGGCAAGGCAGCUGGUGGAUUUCCUGAGAUAGAGGAAGCUGAACAGAAGGACUUCUCAUUGAAGGGUGAUGAAAGGAGCCCACGUCCUUCUUCGAGACCUUCCCCUGAUGGAGUGGAAAAGACCGCCCUAAAGCCAGAUCCGCGACCCUGUAUCCCAGUGUGCAUUGCCUGUGAUCGUACAGAUGCCAUUGGGAAGCAUCAUUCCUUGUCACUGUUCGUUGUCUUAGUCUAUUACUCUAUACGAUGA